AAUGCGUAAAAAGCCGCGCCUAAAAUUCAAUAUGGCGGCCAUCUUUGCCUAGACUUGAAUGAUCGACGACAUACCGUUUCUUCCUCUUUUUCCAUUCCUGUCGGCAUCUGUGGCACCGAUCUGUUGAUGGUUGCAAAAUCUGGAAGAUCUGGGCAUGCAACAUAUCGUAAUAAUUCCCGGAAAUGGCUCGGGCGACGUAACGCGAGCUAACUGGUACGGCUGGGCAAAACGAAAGUUUGAUCAACUUCCGGACGUCACAUGCGAUCUACGUAACAUGCCGGACCCGGUGGUAGCUAGAGAGAGUAUAUGGCUACCGUUCAUGCGAGACGACAUGCGUUGCGGCGAGGAGACGAUAAUUGUCGGGCACAGUUCCGGUGCGGAGGCAGCCAUGCGCUUCGCCGAGAAAUACCCGGUGAAAGGCAUCAUCGUAGUUUCUGCGUGUGUUAGCGAUCUUGGCGACGCAAACGAAAGAGCCAGCGGCUACUACAGCCGACCUUGGGAAUGGGAGAAAAUAAAGGCGAACACGCAGUUCAGGGUCCAGUUCGGGUCGACGGAUGACCCCUUCAUACCAUGGAGCGAGCAAGAGCAAGUGGCCAAUGGUCUGGGAUCGGAUCUCCACAAAUACGACGACAAGGGUCACUUCAUGAAUACGGCGUUUCCGCAACUCAUUGAUGCUGUUAAGAAGAAACUAAACACUUAAUUUACUUGUUUGAUGAAGAACUUAUAACAAUUUGGCAUGUGCAUCACAACCAUUUCAUGUUUAGGCAACACUUAGAGUCCUUUUUGCUCACCUGUGCACCAACUGCUUGUAAUGCUAAUUGUUGGCGACUAGCAGUAUAUAUAGAUAGAUAGUGGUCCUUUUUGAUCACCUUUCGUCGAACAUUCGUCGUCAGCAUUUACCUUUUGAACACGCUGGAUAUAGGCCACAUGCAUCGCCAAAUCUUCAUGAAACUUGUUAAAAAAUUGGUCAGAAAUUCGUCUCAAUUAUAUCUCAUUGUGUUUUAAACCGGGUCACGUCGGCUUGAAAAUUAGGUUAGAUAAAACAAGACUUUUGUCAAGCAUUAUAAGUCCCCUACCGGCUCCACCAUUGUCAGAAAUUCCAGAUUUUUAUAUAUAAAUAUUUGUUGCCAUAGCAACUAAUUUUUUUUAUUUAGGAACGAAAUGAAAUGACGUGCAUAAUGUCCAUAUUGCCAUAUAUACAUGUUUCAAGUUUCAUGAAAAAAUAUUAAGAACUUUAAAAUUUAUUGCAGGAUCCAGAAAACCACCAUUUUCAGCAGUAUGUCUAGUCUAUUUGUUGCCAUAGCAACCAGAAUUUUUUACGUCGGAACGAAAUGAAAUGACGUGUAUAAUGUCCAUAUUGCCAUCUAUCCAUGUUUCAAGUUUCAUGAAAAAAUAUUAAGAACUUUAAAAGUUAUCGCAGGAUCCAGAAAAACCACCAUUUUCAGCAGUAUUUCUAGUCUAUUUGUUGCCAUAGCAACCAUAAUUUUUGACGUAGGAACGAAAUGAAAUGACGUGCAUAAUGUCCAUAUUGCCAUCUAUCCAUGUUCCAAGUUUUAUGAAAAAAUAUUAAGAACUUUUAAAGUUAUCGCAGGAUCCAGAAAAGUGUGACGGACGGACGGAGACAAAACCUUAAGUCCCCUCUGGUGAAACCGGUAGUGGACUAAAAAAGCUUGUUGACACUAGAAGAUCACAUUUUUAAAAUUUUCUCAGACUUCCGUUCCAGUCUCUUGAAAAACAUGGCCGCCAAAGGGAUAUGGGCCAUCCUUAUAUAGUUACAGUAAAACCUUGUGAACACUUCAGAAGUCAUAGUUUGGACCCAAUGAACAUGAAACUUCCUCAUAACAUUUAACAACUGUGAAAUUAUGAUAAAUCUGAUUAAAAUCAU